AUGGAACGUGCAAAACUCAUUGCAAAAUUAGAUAAGUCCUAUCUACACAUAGAAAAGGAUAAACUUCUCAAUACAGAACUGACAGAGCUGGAAUGUCACUUCACAUUGAAAAUGAAAAAAGAAGAUACAAAUAUCACUGAUCAUUUAAUUAAACUAGAGGAUAAUCUUGAUUUAUAUCUGGGUCAGAAAGCUGGGAUUGCACGCACACACAACUCUUUGGCAUACGUCAAGUAUCUCUUGGGUUCUAAUGAAGAAGCCCUAACAAACCUGAAGAAAUCUGUGGAGCGCACUAAAGAUUGUUAUGGGGACAACUGCGACGAGAGACUCAUUGUUACUUAUGGAAAUUUCGCUUGGUUACACUUUCACAUGAAGCAGUAUGCUGAAUGCAAAAGUUACCUGGACAAACUGAAGGAGAUUAAGGAACAAAAACAACCUGUCUCUACUUUUGAUGUCCAUCCUCAUGUAAUCGGUGAGAAGGCAUGGGCCUUGUUUAAAUUUUCACGUAAAUACUAUAAUAGAGCUAUAGAGUGUUUCAGAAAGGCGUUAGAGCUAGAGCCAGAAAGAGGUGAGUGGAAUGCUGGUUAUGCCAUUGUACUAUGUAGAAUAGAAACUAAAUGCACUAGUCCAGAGGAUUCAUCUGCAAUUCAACAACUCAGACGAGCGAUAGAAACGAACCCAGAUAAUGAUGAACUGAAGCUUCUUUUAGCUCUGAAACUUGCUGAGUUUAAGCUGUUUGAUGAAGCAGAGGAUCUGGUGGAAAGGGCUCUUGAUAAGUCCCCAGAUAGUCCAUAUGUGAUUCGAUAUGUGGGGAAAUAUAUGAGAAACUAUGGGCAAUCUGUAGACAGGUCUAUUGGCCUGUUGAAAAGAGCUUUGGAGGUGACUCCGAAUUCAGGAUUUAUACACCAUCAGUUAGCUCUGUGCUACAAAAAGAAAAAACAAGAAUUUUGCUCGCUGAGUGACAGUCAGAAAUUUCUUCAGUUAUGCAUAUCUCACCUUGAGAAGGCUAUCACCCUGAAGAGUGGCUUCAUAUUUGCAAUGACAGACCUGGCAUUUCUCUACGGUGAGGAUGGGCAAAUCGAGCGGGCUGAUGAAGUGUUUCAGACAGCCUUGUCCACAGCUGAAGACAAGACUGAAGAUCGGCAGGCAGUUUACUUGCAUUACGGGGGGUUCCAGGAAUACAGAAAAAAGUGUGAAACAAUGGCUGUCAAUUACUACAUGAAAUGUUUAAAAAUGGCACCUGACACGCGAUACGGCAUUAAGAGUGCUAUGAAUCUGAGGAAGAUUGCCGAUAAGCAUUUAUCUAAAAACGUAAAUGACACGUGGGCUUUAGGCAUACUAGAAAUCAUAGAGCAGCAUCAAGCCAUUGCGUGCUAUGAGGAAGCUUUGAGUAAUGUAGACAAUCAUGAGUAUCUUACAAAUCUCUGUGCUCUCAGGCUGUCCAUACAGUAUAAUGACACUUUAUCAGCAUUGUAUCAUUAUGAUGAGUUUGAUGCAGACUCUGCUGCUCUCUUUAGGAUAGAGGGUCAGGAGGGGUUCAGAAGGGGGCUGCAGUGA